AAAUAUAUCAAUGGAAUCAUCGUGAGGCUGCAGAUGAAGAUCAAUCAGUGAGUGGUCUGACUACGGACGGUCUGACUACGGACGGUCUGACUACGGACGGUCUGUGGCUCAGCGGGAGGACUAACAGGAAGUAAAGGACGCAGUAAAGCAGGAAGUGAGGCUGUGGUUGUGCGACCUGUCGGCAGGUGGCGCACUUUGUUGACAGCGGUCAGUGUCAUCGGAUGGAGACAGGGCGAUGUCUCCUCUGAGCGCUGUAACAUCCAGCUGCCAUUAAAACAUCUGGAGGAACAUCUGGAGGAACAUCUGGAGGAACGUCGCUGUGAGCUCCGGUAGGAGACCCGCGCUAACGGUAGCAUGUCCUGCUAACGGCCAGUUAGUUCAUGCUAGCCAGGCGAGACAAGACAACUCAGACCAGCUUUGGCAGAAACAUGGCCGCCCAGCCGACCCCUCCGUCCGUCCUGAGAGAGUUCUGCCCACUCUACUACCUGCUGAACGCCAUCCCAGCCAAGGUGCAGCGUGGGUUCAGGUCCGUCCUGGUCUACCUGACGGCUCUGGACAGCAGCAGUGACUUCCUGGCGGUGGGCAGCAGCAUCGGCAUGCUCUACCUGUACUGCCGCCGCCUUGCACAUAUGAACAAGUACAGUUUGGAGGGAAAGAGCGAUGCGAUCACGGCUGUGAAGCUGCUCAGCUGUUUUGAUGAUCUGGUUGCCGUGGGAACAGCGUCUGGUCGAGUCGCAGUCUUCCAGCUGGUGUCUCCACUUCCUGGUCGAAAUAAACAGCUGAGGCGGUUUGAUGUGGUCGGCCUCCAUAAAGGGUCCGUCACGUCUUUGGCGUGGAGCACCAACGGGAUGAAACUUUUCUCUGGAGACGAUAAGGGACGAGUGGUAUUCUCCUCUCUGGACCUGGACCAGGGUGUGUGUAAACCUGUGCUGCUGUUGGAGGAGUCCUCAGGUGUGGUCCAGAUGGAGUACAGUCACCAGGUGCUGCUGGUCUCAACCCAGCAGAGAUCUCUACUGUACUGCACUCAGAAACAGGAAGUCCAGCAGCUGGGUACCAAACCCCGCAAGAGCAGCGGCAGGUUCGGAGCCUGCUUCCUGCCGGGUCUUUGUAAACAGAGCGAUCUUCAGGUGUUUGCUGCUCGACCUGGUCUCAGACUGUGGAGGUCUGACAUCAGAGGACAGGUGGAGGAGACCCGACUGCUCAAACCACUGUUCAACACACAGAUCCCUCAGUUUGAGUUGUUUCCUCGUCCUGGUCCAAUCGGAGCAUACCGUCCAGCAGAGAGACAGCUUGGUCUGCUCAGCUGUUUCCUCAGAGAGGGCUGGAUCCUCAGCUGGAAUGAGUACAGCAUCUACGUCCUGGACUGUAUCAACGAGGUGAUAAUCGGGACCUUGGAGAGCAGUGGAGACAUUGUGUCAGUGUCGUGUUGUGAUAAUGAGAUCUUCAUCCUGAAAGGAGACAGAGACAUCAUCCGUCUCUCCAACAGCCCCGAGGGACUGGCCUCCAACUUGUCGGAGCUCUCCGUCCGUCUGUCCUCACCAUUGACCACACCCACCAUCCUCCCACCGACCGGAUCAGUGGAAACAGCUCAGCCAAUCAGAACCAUGGCUAUCAUCGUGGAGGGUGGGGGGAGGGAAGAGGGAGGAGGAGGAGGAGGAGGAGGGGGAGGGGGAUGGGAGAGGCACAGCGAGGAGGGAGAGAAGGAGGAAGAGGAGGAAGGAGUGGAGGAAGUGGAGGAGGCGGAGGAGCAGCUGGAGGUGACGGAGCAGCUCUGCCAGCGGUCCGGUGUGUUCACCAGCAGCUCUCGUAGCCGCAGCAGCUCUGUCACUUCCUGGGACAGUCUCCAUGGAAACGGCCCAGGGACCACAUCCUGCGAGCUGAACUCCAGACGCUACAGCGCCCCCCUGGGGCAGGGGGAGAUGCAGCAGGAGCUGGUGGUCAAAGCCAUCAGGGUGAAGAAGAAGAAGAGGAGACGGCAAGACAGCAGCAGUGGGACCCGUCUCUCUGAGAGCAGCUGCUCAGACUCCAUGUUUGUAGUCCAGGACAGCAGCUGCAGCGAUGGUGGAAGUGGAACUCCUCUGAGUGACCGAGCCUCCCUCGUUGGCCUGGACCUUCAGAACCAGGACUCUCCGGAUCAGGACCAGGACCGAGGUGUAAAGGAUGGAGAGGAGGGGGAGUCCUCCUGCAACCAGGCUGGCUCCCUCCUCCCUCCAGGCUCCCUACUCCUCCAAGGUCUGGAGAACCAGCUGACCCCAGGAAAGGCCUCUGGUCCCGGUGCAGAGGCAGAGGUUGUCCCCCCGACCCCUGAUGUAGAUCUGCUGCUGGAGUGCACCUUCUCCUACAUGCACAACACUGAGGAGGAGGAUGGACAGGAGCAGCAGCCAAUGGAAGAGCAGGAGGACGAGUUUCUGAGCCCUCUGAUUGGACCAGAUGAAGAGGAGGAGGAGGAGGAGGAGGAGGGUGAAGACCUGGCGCCCCCUGCUGGUCUGGCGGACCAGAUGUUUUACUCCACUAUGUCCAGUCUGGACAGGAAACCCAGUAUGUCCAGUGAUGAAGAGGGAGACAUCUACUGUCACACUGGGCCCCCUGCUGGCAGCGGGGGGGAAGUCCUCACCUGUGCAUCCAAUCAGGCGGAGAAGGCAAUAGACAGACAGUCAGACCAGGACACUCAGGACAGGGACACACACAAACCUGAGCAGUUGGCAGAGAGCUGGAUGGGAUACUCAGGACCAGGAUGUGGAAUACUGAGCCUACAGGUGACUGACAGGUUUGUGUGGUGUCUGGACUUUAAAGGAGGACUGUUCUGCAGCACUCUGCCUGAAACUGGACUCACCUGGCAGCGCUUUGAAGACAAUGUCCACCAGGUGGCGUUAUCACCUUCAGGUAAUCUGCUGUGGAAGGUGGAGCAGAAGAGCAUGACGGCGUUUGCUUGUGCUAAAGUAUCUGUUAAAGGAAAGCGUCACUGGUAUAAAGCUGUGGAGCAAACAGCCUUUGUGGCCCUGAGCGACGACUCCGCCUGGAUCAUCAGGACCAACGGAGACCUCUACCUGCAGACAGGUCUGAGCGUGGACCGCCCCUGUGCUCGCUCCGUGAAGGUGGACUCUCCCUGCGUGUUCAGCCAGGUGUGUGUGAGAGGAGGCGUGGUCUGGGCUCUGAGCGAACACAAGGCUUUAUUCUACAGAGAGGGACUGAACAGUUACUGCAGCGAGGGCGAGGGCUGGAAGUACGACACCGUCAGUGAGGCUCAGGGUCUGGAGUUGAUGUGUGUCGCCCUGGGAGACGGUGGUACGGCCUGGGCGCUGGAUGCCAGUGGCAGUCUGUGGUUCAGAACCGGCAUCUGUUCGUCCAGACCGCAGGGGGACGACGACCACUGGUGGCAGAUCAGUAUUUCAGACUACGUGGUCUUCGAUCAGGGUAGUCUGUUCCAGACGCUGCUGCAUGCUACCCAGAGUGUUGCCACCGUAACCAGGGCACCGGUGGAGCGGGUGGUGGCCUUCCUGUCGCAGUAUUCACAGUGCCAGCCGAGCUUGGUGAGUGCCAACGCCAGCGGGGUCUGGGUCGCCUCAGGAAGGAACCAGCUGCACCUGGCCCGUGGCAGUCUUGUGGGAACUUUCUGGCAGAAUGUCGUUCCACGAGGAACUGUCUCUGCCACCAGGUGGACCUUCGUCACUUCUUCGGCAGUGCCUCACAGAGAAGGGACGUUCCUGUGGUUGGCUCAGAGCAGGAAGGAUCUGUUCUGUGUUUGGGACCAGGAUGGAGAGCUCCGCCCCUCCUCCGUCCCCCUACCACCUGAGGUGGAGUUGACUCACCUGUCUGCCUGUCGUGAUGCCCUGUGGGGUUUGGACAUUCAUGGCCGAGUCAGUAUUCGUACGCUGUCUCCGUCCUGUCCCGCAGGACUCAACUGGACCCCCCUGGACCUCAGUCAGCUCGGAAGUGUUCGUCUGGUCAGCGUGAGCUGCGGCAGUCAGAACGUCUGGGCUGUGGACAGUCGAGGAGUCGUGUACUUCAGAGUCGGAACUCAACCUCUGAACCCGAGCAUGAUGCUGCCGGCCUGGAUCCACAUAGAACCACCUGUACAGGUAACACACACUGACUGGAUCCACAUAGAACCACCUGUACAGGUAACACACACUGACUGGAUCCACAUAGAACCACCUGUACAGGUAACACACACUGACUGGAUCCACAUAGAACCACCUGUACAGGUAACACACACUCACUGGAUCCACAUAGAACCACCUGUACAGGUAACACACACUGACUGGAUCCACAUAGAACCACCUGUACAGGUAACACACACUGACUGGAUCCACAUAGAACCACCUGUACAGCCAAUAGGAGUGCAGCUGGUCAGUAUUCAAACGAGUCCCAAUGAUCGUCUCCUCUGGGCGUUGGACAACAGAGGAAGCGUCUUUGUGAGGACCGGACUCAGUGAUGAGAUGCCCGUGGGGACGGACUGGGAGCUGGUACCAGGUUUAGCUGUCAGUCAGCUGGUCCUCAGCUCUCGGACAGUUUGGGUUCGGUGUGUAAACGGAGAUCUGGCUCGACGUUACGGCGUCUCUGACAGAAACCCUGCGGGGGAUUACUGGAAGAAGAUCCCCGGAAACGCCAACUGGUUAACUGUGACUCCAGAGGACGAGUUGUGGGCGGUGACUCUGAUUGGUGGAUUAUCCCGUCGCCUGACAAAGCUCCUCCCACAGGCUACCUGUAGGCCCGCCCCCUCAGGCCCCUCCCUCAGCGGGGAUGACGUCGACGACGAAUGGGAGCUCAUCUGAGCCGUGACAUCACUGUGAUGUCACCACUGUUUGGUGUUGGUCUGUCUGAUCUGGAUUCACCUGGUGGGAUUUUAUGAUGUCACAGUGACACCACUUCCUGUUUGUGAACGUCAUAGAGGCAGGAAGUGGACCGACACUGAGCAGGCAGGUGACAUCACUUCCUGUGACACUAACAUUUAGAGGACGGUUCUGAAAGAAGAUGUCCGCCACACGGGAAUCCAAGUGGCUGCUGGGAAAUGUAGUGAAAUGAGACUUUUUUGUUUUAAUAGGAAGCACUUUAUCCUCCGAAGGGACUGGACCAGACUGGUUCUAACUGGUUCUAACUGGUUCUAACUGGUUUUAUUAGUUCUAACUGGUUUUAUUGGUUCUUUAGUUCAUUCUCCUUCAGUCUAGUUUGGAGCGGCUCAAAAUGGUUCUUACUGAUUUUCUCAAACUUAGUGGUUCUAACUGCUUCUCAGCCUGGACGGACUUUUUGUUCCAGUUCAGUUGAGUCUGGUUCUGUAUGAGGACUUUAAAGGGAACAUGUUUAUUUCUUUAUUCUGGUUCCAACCAGUUCUAACUGGUUCUCUAACAACGGCCAGUGUUAGCUUCAAGCUACUGAUUAAAGGGACAUUGAACUGACUCUGAGUUUGUCUUUAUUAGUCUGAUCUGGACUUUAACCAGGCUAAAUCUUUUUCUUUUUAACUCUUUGUCUACUCAGCAGAGAUCAGUUUAGCCCGGGUUAAGCCAGGUUAAACUGGGUUAAGCCACGUUAAACUGGGUUAAGCCACGUUAAACUGGUUUCCAGCACUGACUCUGCUCCUCUAACUGGGCCCAGACUGGACUGAACUGACUCACAGUUGACUGACAGUUCUACAUUCUGAUUCUGGUCCCUGGUUCUCCUGAACCACCCGUCUGUCUGUCGGUGUCACGGUUACCACAGCAACAGGCUGGAGCCCUGGCCACAGUGUAAAAAUGUACAUUUAACAGACGUCUGUUUGUGUUUGUUGUUGCAACAAGUUUAACUCACUUAAAACAAAACCUGGACUGUGGUGGACCCUGAUGGACUGUGGUGGACCCUGAUGGACUGUGGUGGACCCUGGUGGACUGUGGUGGACCCUGGUGGACUGUGGUGGACCCUGAUGGACUGUGGUGGACCCUGGUGGACUGUGGUGGACCCUGAUGGACUGUGGUGGACCCUGGUGGACUGUGGUGGACCCUGGUGGACUGUGGUGGACCCUGGUGGACUGUGGUGGACCCUGAUGGACCCUCCUGAUGGGGGUAGUGGACUUGGUGGUUUGAGGUCUGAACUGUAUUUAUAUUAAUUAACUAAAGUAAACAAACUCUGGAAUGGUCCUUUCAACUCUUCGUCCUCUCUCCUCCUCGUCUCUGACAGCGUUGCCAUGGAAACCCGAACAGCUGUCGUCAUCCGGUGUAACAUCUGUUGUGUGAUUUCAUCCAUUAACUUAAUAAACAUGUUCAGACACUGA